AUGAGGGGGAAAGGUAAUGUGUACGAUGUCGCUUGGAGCACCUCCUUUAAGGCCUGGAGACUGAAUGAGCGCCUCUUGCGGCACGUGGCCGCCGCAAGGCGUGGGGGCCCAAAGGCACUCUUUAGCGCAUGCCGGCCGUGCCGGCGUUAUCGCUGGUUUCACGGCGGCGACCACAGAUACCCCCUCCCCCUCCCGCUGGUCUCAGUGGCCCCGCCCACGGAAGCCGGGCCUCCGCAAUAUCGACCUGGCGCUGCGCCGCGCUGGCUGUCCACCUGCGGCGGUAAACUUAGUCGCGCGGCAGUGGCACGCCUGCACGCCGCCAGGCUGGAGUUCCCCGAGUACCAUCAUGUCGGGUUGCCCGCUGAGCUGCUGCAGGAGGUGCCGGUUCUGCGCGUGCGCGAAGGCCAUCGCCUUCUCGCCAGGGGCCAGCAAUGCUGCCUCUGCCUCACGCCAUACCUGGUGCGGCAGUGCGUGCGGGCGCUGCCAUGCGGCCACCAGUUCCACUCGCAGUGCCUGGCGCGCUGGCUGCUCGACACGUCCGCCACCUGCCCCAUAGACGGCACGCCCGUCAGGCACGACCUGCUGCGGAAGGCGCUCCAGAGACGGUAUUCGGUGCGGCUGGACUCAGACAGCUGGGGCCCUGGCCAGCAGCAGCAGCAGCAGCAGCAGCAGCAGCAGCAGCAGGGCGGCAGCCCGCGCAGCCCCCAGCGGCCUGCGCCGGAGGACGCGCCGGGUCCCGGGCCCCCUCUCGAGGUGAUGGUGCGCCGCCUUGCGGAGCGCAGGCCGCCCUCGUGUCGCCGAAGGCUCAGCAGCGGCAGUGGCGCCUCCAACGGCGCAGUCACCCCCGCCGCCGACGCGCAGCCUAGCAGACAGCUAUUCUCCAGUGCCUCCAGCAGAGGCUACUCGAUGCCGGCGCGGCCGCUCACUCGAAGGAAACGCGCAGCGACGAGGACGGCCCCGCAGCAACGUGGGUUCUCCAGAGAGCAGACACCUGCCAGCAACGCCAGCACAGGCAGUGGUAGCCAAAGCCCAGGCAGGCUGUCGGUGCAGUGCCUGGAGCUGUCGGCGACGCAGCAGCGGGUGAGGGCUGGCGCCGCCUGCCUGCUCGAACCUCGCGUCGUGCUGUCUGCCGCCAGGGCCUCUCGCAACAGGGGCUCGCGCCAGGCAGCGCAGGCCCAGGCGGGGAGCAGGGAGCACGGAGAGAACAGCAGCAGCGGCAGCAGCAGCAGCGGCAGCGAGGCGGACUGCAGCCUGUGCCUGCGCAGCCAGUGCAGCUGCAGCGGCAGCGACGGCGACGGCGAGGCGGCGCCCGUGUCGCCGGCCACGGCCGUGGACGCGCAGCUCGCGCUGCAGUGCACGCGCCUGCAGCUGGCGCCGCGCAGCCGCCCGCCCUCGCAGCAGAGGCACACGCCGCGCCGGCCCUGA